AUGAGUCCUAGCGUUACUUCCGAGGCCAGCCAGCCUCUCGCUGUCAGGUCCACUGUGGCCCAGAGGAAGCAAGCCCACGAGCUUAGAAAGACUCUCAAGCCGCUGUUGGAGAAGAGAAGGCGUGCUCGUAUUAACGACAGCCUGAGCCAUUUGAAGAGUCUCAUUUUGCCCCUGGUUGGCAAAGAUAACGCGCGCUACUCCAAGCUGGAGAAAGCCGACAUUCUGGAAAUGACUGUCCGCUUCCUCAGGGACCUUCCAUCCUCUCCCACAAAAGAUCCCACAGAAAGUUACAGAGAAGGCUACAAAGCGUGCCUCCAGCGGGUCUCGGCUCUGCUUCCUCAAACCAGCCUCGACCAGGACGCGUGUAAGCGGGUCAGUGAUUUUGUGCAGCGCUCCAUGUCCGCCGCAGUCACCCCGUCUUGCCUCAACUGCUGCGCGCACACCUCCAGAGCCUUUCCGCACAUCCAGCAGAGGCUCCUUAGCCUCAAGUCCGCCUUCAGCUCCAGGGGCGACAGCCAGCCUCAGUCUCAGCCGGUGGCCCCGGGCCCCUGUGCAGCGCAACAGGUCCCGCCUACUGUCAGCGCUGACAUGUGGAGGCCCUGGUAG